AUGGGGAAUCGGAAGAGAAAGCUCAGUUCCGACGAGUCCAAUUCCCACGGCAAUGGCGUGGCCGAGACCUUGUCCCGUGUGCAAGGCGACACCCCGAGCACUGAAGACUCAAACAGCAGUGCGAUGAAGAAGCGGAAGAGAGUGGACGGUGAGAAGGUGAAAUACCCAGAUCUCACCUAUGCGGAGGGAAAGCUGCAGUCAUCCAUCCGAAUCGCAGAUCUUCAGGGCUUACUUCUCUACUGCUUCGCCGAUGGAAUCGCACCGCAAUGGAUCUCGAUGAAGCAUUCUGGCCAUGUGCGCAAGGUGGUUGUACUGAUGGUACCAGGACUCGAGAUGGGCAUGUUCGAUGGAACCAUUCCUGUGGAACCGGCCAAGGAGAACUCGGAGGAAACAAAGCCCAACCAACCGCCACCCACCGAAUCGCCAGAAGACGAGCGGGCAGCCGAUUUCGAACGAUGGAAACAAGGUCUGCCACAGGAAGACCGUUCGCACCGCUUCAAUCCUCGUCCUCUCAUUCGUGACAACCUGGCCCAGCCCCUUCAGCCGUUGGCAGACAUCUUCCCACACAUUUGGCCCGUCAAAGCGCCGGGCGACAACAAAUACAACAAGGUCCACUCGCCAUUGCAGGCCAUUCUGCUGUCCUCGGCUCCCAAAUCCAAGAAUGACGAGUCCCGUGGAAAGGGCGCGCGCCCUCCGAAAGUCGAGAAAGGCUUCGUCCCUAAGCGGACGCCGAUCACCGCCUUCGUCACCUCCCGCGAAGACCUCCAAGACAGCGACUACAUACUGCACCCUGCGUUUUUCACAUCGGAGGAGGAGAAGUCUUCCCAGGCGGAGGCUCGUCGACGAAGUGGAAAUGCAGCGGAACAUGGAUGGGUGGAUACUCAAGUUUCGACACUGGAAUCCGCCGAGGUGCCGGACGCGGAGAUUGAAAAGGGCAGCAUGACUGCUGGACGGGAUGUUUUCGCCCUUGAUUGUGAAAUGUGCAUCACAGAAGGGGGUCAGUCAGAACUCACACGUAUUAGCAUGGUUCGUUGGGACGGAGACGUGGUUCUGGAUGAGCUGGUUAAACCCGAUCGGCCUGUUAUUAAUUAUUUGACGCGCUUCUCGGGAAUCACACCAGAGAUGCUGGAACCUGUGACAACGACCCUUGCCGACAUUCAGCAGCGGCUCUUGGCCAUCCUUACACCGCGUGCAAUCCUCGUGGGACACUCUCUCAACUCCGACCUCACUGCCUUGAAACUCGUUCACCCCUUCAUCGUCGACACCAGCAUCAUCUACCCGCAUCCACGUGGUCCACCCCUCAAAUGCAGCCUGAAGUGGCUGACCCAAAAGUACAUGGGCAAGCAGAUUCAAAAUGGGAUGGCCGGUCAUGACUCCAUUGAAGAUGCCCGUGCUGUCCUUGAACUUGUGAAGUUGAAGUGCGAGAAAGGCGAGCGCUGGGGCACCAGCGAUUCCUCCAAUGAGAGCAUCUUCCGUCGUCUCUCUCGCUCUGUCCGACCGGCCUAUGUCCCUCGUCCAGGCGAAGAACGAACAGGUGCCGUGGUUGACUGGGGCAACCCUGAACGGGGUUUCGGCUCACAAGCAACAGUCUCCAUCGGAUGCCAAGAUGAUGACGCGGUGGUCAACGGUGUCUCUGCAGUGAUCAAUGGUGAUGAAUCCAAUGUUUCUAUUCCAGGGGGUGGUGUCGAUUUCGCCUGGGCUCGUCUCCGCGAGCUAGAGUACCUCCGCGGCUGGUGCAACCGCAUGCCAGACCCGAACAAUGCCAAUGAAUCCACGACUCUUAUUCCUCCGCCGGAGGAAACUACACCCACCGCAGCCACUGGCAGUGCUUCAACAGACGUCCCACAGCCUGAUGUUCUAGCUGAGACCGUUUCCCGAACGGUCUCCAACAUAUCGCGCAUCUACGACUCUCUUCCCCCGUGUACUCUCUUCAUGGUUUAUUCUGGAACUGGAGAUCCGCGUGAGGUUAGCCGAUUACAAGCUAUCCACAAGCAACACCGUGAGGAAUUCAAAUCCGGCAAGCCGUGGGAUUCUCUGACCUACAAAUGGACUGACACCGAAGAGCAAUUGCUGAAGAAAGCAUGCGAGCGUGCCCGCGAAGGCUGUGGCUUUAUGUGUGUGAAAUAA